AUGUCUGCUGAAAACAAACACUUUAAUUUCUACGAUCUUGUCAUUACUGAGACCACAACUCCUAAAGCCCUCGACAAGCUCCCACCCAAUUCGAUUACAGAUCAUAUGCUCGAAAUUGAUUGGACUGUUGAAAAAGGUUGGGGUACUCCUCAAAUUAAACCUGUGGAGCCAUUGGCUCUUGAUCCCACUUCAUCAUGCUUACACUAUGCAACACAAUGCUUUGAAGGCCUCAAAGUGUUUCGGUCUCGUGAUGGUAAAACUGUGCGCUUACUUCGUCCUGAACUAAACCUUGCUAGACUAAAUGAUUCAGCUCAGCGAUUGACUCUGCCUCAAUUUGAUGAGCAAGAGCUUUUAAAAAUUUUGUUAAAGUUUGUAAGCCUCGAGGCACGUUUUAUCAAACCUGGAUCAUUUAUUUAUACACGACCUUUUAUUCUUGGUACAUCCACAGGGCUUGGGUUGAAUGCUACAACCAUGGCCAAACUUAUUGUUGUACUAACGCUCAUGCCUAGUUUAAGCGAUAAAUCUUUAAAACUUUACUCGUCGGAGCCAACUGAAGCUGUGCGAGCUUGGCCCACAGGAUUUGGUAGUAAAAAACUAGGAGCAAAUUAUGGUCCAACUUUAAAGCAACAGUUAAGGGCCAGUGCCGAUGGGUAUGAUCAAGUCUUGUGGUUGUAUGGGGAGCAAGAGCGGCUUGUAACUGAAGCUGGCGGCUCCAAUUUUAUGGCCGUGCUGCGCAACAAGAUCAAUGGAAAUAUUGAGAUUGUGACUUGUCCGCUUGAUACCAAUUUGAUUCUUCCGGGUAUUAAUCGGCGUUCAGCUCUAGAGUAUCUUAGAGAAAGAGAGCUUGACACAGGUGUGAAGGUUUUGGAAAAGAGAUUUUCAAUUGACGAUUUGGAAGAAGCAAUGGUGGAAGGCAGAUUACAGGAAGCGUUUGCAAUUGGUACAGCUUAUUUUGUAGCAGCCGUUGGAGAGAUUCGGACGCCAGAGGGUAAGACAAUUCAUGUACCGGUGCUUCAAACAGGCAUUGUGAACGAUCUGCAAAAACAUUUUGAGGAUAUUAUGUAUGGAAGUAAAGAUCACCCAUGGACAGUUGUUGUUUUAAAAGAAAAGUGA